ACACACACACACACACACACGCCUAAGAUAUAAUUCUUUGAGCAAAUUUUAUAAUACCUAUUACUUACGUAGAUAUAUAUGUUACAUUAAAUAUUAUUACAUAGUAUUUUAUACAUUUGCAAACAGUGAACACAUUUUAUGUUUUCAUAGAAAUUCCCCAAAAUAUGUUACCGGCAGUAGAGUAAAUGUUAUUUUGAUUUAAGAUUGUACUAAGAAUCAUGUUUAAGAAAUUAUAUAGAAAUAUCAAUUAGUUAUCAAAAUACUUAAAAUCAAUUAUGGACAAUAAUUAGUAAAUCGACAAAUUUUAAUGAAUAAAACAAUAUGAAACUAGUAAAGCCUAAUUGGGUUACACACGAUGGUGGAGAUUCUGGACGAGUUGUUAUAUGGAAUAUGGAACCAGUAGUUAAUGAAAUUGCUGAAUUAGAUGAAAAUAUUCCAAAAAUGUUAUGUCAGUUAGAUAAUCAUCUUGCUUGUGUCAAUUGUGUAAGAUGGAGCAAUAGUGGUUUGCUAGCAUCAGGUGGUGUAGAUAAACUGAUCAUGAUUUGGAGAUUAUCAGGCGGAUCAGGUGGAAGUUCAAUAUUUGGUGGAAAAUCCAGUAUUGAAACAUGGCGUUGCAUAGCUACAUUACGUUCACACGAAGCUGAUGUACUUGAUCUUGCAUGGGCACCACAUAGUCCAUGGUUAGCUUCUGCAUCAGUAGACAAUAGUGUUAUCGUAUGGGAUGCCUCAAAAUUUCCAGCUAUUGUAGCUGUAUUAAAAGGCCAUACAGGAUUUGUAAAAGGAAUUACAUGGGAUCCAGUAGGAAAAUAUUUAGCAUCACAAUCUGAUGACAAGACAUUAAGAGUCUGGCGUACUACAGAUUGGACAGAAGCAGCACUGAUAUCAGAACCAUUUGACGAAUGUGGUGGAACAACUCAUGUUUUAAGACUGUCUUGGAGCCCAGAUGGACAAUAUUUAGUAUCAGCUCAUGCAAUGAACGGAGGAGGUCCCACAGCCCAAAUAAUUGAAAGAGAUGGAUGGACACAAGAUAAAGAUUUUGUUGGUCACCGCAAAGCAGUUACAUGUGUGAAAUUUAAUGGUAAUAUUCUACAAAAGAAACAAUCAGGUUCCUCUAAACAAUAUUGCUGCGUUGCCAUAGGAUCACGCGAUCGUUCUCUAUCUGUAUGGUUGACAUCUCUAAAAAGACCUUUAGUAGUAAUACAUGAAUUAUUUACACAUUCAGUCUUAGAUGCUAGUUGGUCACCUUGUGGUCUUCGAUUAGCUGCUUGUUCUUGGGAUGGAUCUGUUGUACUUAUUGAAUUUACACAACAAGAAUUGGGUCAACCAUUAGAUCCUGCCGAACAAAGUAGUCUUCAUGAACGAUUAUAUGGUAAGCCGUUAGUUCAAGGUGGUUGUACCGUAAUGGAAGCACCCGAACUUCUUAAUUUAAAAACAUCGACACCAUCUACACAACAAACUCAAACACCUCCAAAUACAAAUUUAAUACAGCCACCAACUACUACUACAACUACUCCCGCUAAAGGUCCAAUUAAUAAGCAAAUUGAAACAAGGACAUCAGAUGGUAAAAGGCGAAUAACACCAAUGUUCAUACCACCACCAUCCGAUACAAUGGAUUCAUCAAAUAAUAGACUUGGAACUCCAACAUUUACAAGUCAAGUAAAAAGUUCCAUUGUUAUUGAAAAACGAAACGAUGUUGUAACGCCUAAUGUUACUUCAUCUUUAAAUUCAACGAAUAUAACUAGCCAAACUUCUACUCUUACUUUAAAACGUCGUGAUCAACCAACACCAAAAUCGUAUCAUACACCAUAUAAUAAGAAGCCAAAAAUUGCAUCCGAAAGGAAUAUAAAUCAAAUUAUACUUCCUCCAUUAAAACCGUCCAGUUCAUUAUCUCAACAAGCUGGUCACUAUGCAGUAACCGUUACAAACAGUCAAGGUUUAGCCCAUUUACAAGUAUUUAAAGGCACAGAUUCUGAACCAACUUGGGAUUUGUAUUUAGGAUACAGCGCGGUAGCACUCGCAGCAUCACCGGCAGUUAUAGCACUUGGGUUAGAAGAUGGUAGUCUCCAUACAUUUCAUCCUACAAAGGGAUGCCGUCCAGCGCCUCCAUUAGCACCACCUGCACCACUUGCAAAAGUUCAUGCAGUUGGAAAUGCAGUAAUGGUUAUUUCAAGUUGUGGUGCUGUACGGGUAUGGGAAAUAGGAUAUUCAUGUAGAAUGAUAGUUUCUACAUCUGCUGCACAUUUAGCAGUACCUGGUACUUCUUUAUUGUCUUGUACUUUGUAUAAUGGAAUGCCACAUUUAGCUUUUACAAAUGCUAGAGCAUAUAUAUAUCAUAAAGAAAUGGGUACAUGGCUACUAAUUGGUGACAGUCAAGAUCCUAUAUGGCGUUGGGCUUCAUUUAAUGCAUCAAGUGCAUCUGGAAACAGAGCACCUAGAGGUCCGUUAUCUUCCUUGCAGGAAGGAUUAUUUAGAACAGCAGGAAAUACUUUACCUAAUCCGAGAUUACCUCAUAGUGCUCCAAGUGUUGUUUCUUAUUUAGAACAACAAUUACUUGCCUCCAAAGCUCUUGGAAGUGCUCAAGAAUACAUACAUUGGCUCAUGGCCCUAGUAUCAUUUUUGUUAACUCAAGGGGAUUAAAAAACAUAAACUUUUAGAAGAUGUAUUAUCCGUUGUUGGAGGACAUCUUCGAUGGCAAAGAUUAUAUCUCGAAUACAUGGAACAGUUAACAACACUGAAAACUCAAACUAAUUAAAAGUAAUUAUCCAAAAUAUAAAUUUGAAACAAUACGCGUGACUUAUAUCGUGGUUAUUGUAUGUUCUAAAAUGGUGUUAUAAAACUUGAAAAAUAUAAUUAUUGUUUGUAAAGUACAAAUAAAGUAAUUACAUUUGUAAUAAAAAAAAUAGCAAUGAACAUAAAUUCAUAUAUUUGUAGUUUCUAAAAAUAUAUUCACUUUUAAUUUCAAUAUGAAUUACAUGUUCUAAAGUUGAUACUUUCCGUAGUGUAUAAAAGACAUAAAUAUAUAUAAAUAACAAUUCGAAUUCAUACUUUAUUGAUAUUUCGUUUAUUUCAUGCAAUACAUUUUCAAAACAAGAAAUUUAUUAAUUUAUGGUUAUUCAAACGUUUGUAUGUAUUUAAAAUUAUAAAAGAAUGCGCACAAGUUUUUCAAGCACCUUUUUAGAAUUAUUUUGUAUCUCUUGUAUAUUUUUAAAAACAAAUCUAUAUAAGAUAACAAAA